AUCUGUUUUCAUUCUUCAUUCUCUCGCUCAUUCUUCUUCUAAAACUCAUUCGAUUCCAAUCCUCGACCUUCGCUCUUCAGUCUUUUAUUCUAAUUAUUAUCACAUACAUUCAUAUUCAACCAUGACAGUCAUUCAUGCCUCGCAGGACUUGUAUUCUGCUUCUAACGGUCAGAGCCAUACGCUCGAUCACAUUCCUGUCAACAAGCAUUUCAAGAGAACCCAACCGGUCGCAUUUGCACAAGAAAAGUUCCAACAUCUGACUCUUUAUACCGGUAACACAAUCCGAACAGGCACCACAGGGCAAUUGAAUGUCUCUCUUAAAAAGUCGAAUCAAGAGCUUGUCUCCGCAGUCGAGGAAUCGCUGUUCUCUUCCCUCGUUUCUGCUCGGAUCAACGGAACCACAUUACAAUUGCAGACGCCGCCUCUCUUGGCGCAUUGGACGGUGAUAGAUCCAAGUACGACAUCACAGAAUCUUCAAACUGCACUGGGUGCAUCAAGUCAUGUGAUCGAUCACUUCAUCCUUGCAAUCCCCAAUCAGACUUUUGAUGAAAAUGGACUCGAUGAGGCAGACCUUGAGGCAUUCACAAACGAUGUGGAGCAACUUUAUUUGCCUAUCUGGAAGCGAUUAUCAGAACUCCGCACAGGCGGUCAAAUUGGACGGUUGGGUCAACUUGAAGCUUUCAAGACGGUGGCACUGAAUAAUGGAGCUGCGGCACCAGAGAUUGAUCAAGUCAAUCUGGAUGACUGUUGUGCUCGAAUCUUGACCCACGAUAUCUUGCCCAAGUCUACACUGUCUUCUUUGUUACGGCCUCACUUGCCUGUCACCUCAGAUUCGACCUUAACCCCCAACUUUGUCCUCAAGUACUCUGCGCUUCUUUCUGGACGCGGAUUGCUCGUUAGGAAAGGAUAUAUUGUCAAUGCUAUUGCCGUGUAGUAAAAAUAGAUAAGAUAAAAAUUGCCAUUCAUUAAACUAAGA